AUGGCAAAGUGUAAACAUUCAGAAAAAAUAAAAGAAUUGGAAAUUGAAAACGCAUUAUUGCGUUAUAAUUUGGAUAAAAUAAAAGACUUCACCAAUGUUAACAGUUUAGGGAUUAAACAUAUUGACUAUAAAAAAGGAAAAGUGAUAAUUGAUACCAAUAAAACUCUUUAUUGUUGGAAAUGUAGCAAAGAAAUCAAUGCGGGGCAGAUAUGCUAUGAAUGUGCGGGAAUUGACCCCGAGAAAGGAAUUAGUGCCGAGGCCAUAAGUUCAACCAUGGACGGAUUAAGGGAGGUCCAAGAGAAACAUGCCGAGCAGAUGAAAAAAGCCGAAAAGAAAAAAGAGCCGAUUAUAUUAAUGGAUGAAUACGAAAAGAAAGACACACCAAAAGAACAACCCAAUUCUUUUAAAGAGUUUGCCGAAAGCAUGAAUAAAGUUGAAUGUGUUGAGUGUAAAGAAAAAAUUGCGUUAAGUUCUUGUGAUUACGACCCCGCAAGGAAUAAAUACACAUGCCAUCAGUGCCAAAAGAAGUUAAAAGAGAUUGAGGAACAAAAUAAAGAGGCAGAAACACAAAAAAAGAUAAAAGAAUUGGGGAAUAAAUACGG